AUGGCUGAUCUUAAACCUCCAUUCACGGCAGAGACCGCCCACAAAAAGGUCAAGGCCGCGCAGAACAUGUGGAAUACACAAGACCCUUCUCGAACCGCGCAGGCCUAUACCCCGACCUGUAUCUGGCGCAAUCGCACUUCUUUUUUGGCGGGAACCGACGCCAUCAUCGAGUUCCUGACAGCCAAGUGGAACCGCGAACGUAGCUACCGCUUGCGCAAAGAGCUAUUUGCUUUCCAGGAUGACCGCAUCGCUGUGCAGUUCUGGUACGAGUUCCAAGAUGCCGAGGAUGGGCUGCGCUGGAAGCGGUGCUAUGGACUCGAGGAUUGGACGUUUGAUCGCGACACGGGGAAGAUGUGCAAGCGAAUGAUGAGUGGGAAUGAUGUGCUGGUCGGACCGGAUGGUAAUGGCGAGGGGCGCUGGUUUGUAGAUGGAAUUGAUGUGAACGAGGUCGCGAUUGGUCCGGAGCACUGGUGA